AUGAUAGAUAUUCUUGUCGUACAAAUUGAAAAUAACAUUCAAUCUCUGGAUCAGUUAAGUAUUGAGAACAUGACUGACGCAAGUAACAAUGAAUAUAAAGGCAAAAAUCGAGAAAAUCGUGAAGCAGAUCCCAGUGGUAAACCCUUAUUGUCUUACGUAAAAUAUAACAGUCAACGUGAAGGCCAACGUGCACCAGUGCAUCACAUAGCACGUGGGAAUGCUACUAUGAGUAUUGUUCUUCUUGUUACCGCGACAUCAUCAUGA